UCUUGAACGGAUUCAUAAUCUUGUCCUAAGGAUUUUGAAAUAUUUUGUUUGCAUUUAGGGUAUUUUUGUUCUUACGGAAGCUAGAUAAUCAGGGAAGAAUGGUGCUUAUUAUACGCCAAAAACAACAGAAUCCGGAUGUGCAAAAAUUAUUGGACUUAGUCAAGAUCGGUAUAAUGAUUAUGGAUGUGAUAACGAAGGUUUACGUUCCACUAUCCUUGUAUGGUAUCACGUUGUUCAUAGACUUGGACGGCGUGACUGCGCGUUACUUGAAGCAAUUGCAUCCCCGCAUCGUGAUGAAUAUAGUUCACGCAUGGCAAGGUUGCUAUCCUAUCAGACUCCGAUCGAUUAAUUACAUCAACGCGCCGAUGUAUGUUCACAUAGGUAUAUCGAUUUUCAAGCAUUUCAUGAACGAGAAGUUGAAGCAAAGAUUGCAUGUCUAUACACCCAAUGAAACUAAGAUGCAUAAAUGCUUCGAAGAUAUCCCGGCUGAUAUCCGACCGCUCGAGUAUGGUGGCACCGAUAGUACAGCCCAAGAAAUAGCAGAACAUACAAAGAAACUGGUCGAGAAGUAUCACGAUUGGUUUAUCGAUGAUGAAAAAUACAAAAUUAUUUCUAAGCAAGUAAUUGGAGAUAAGUCACAAUUAAAUGAUAAUUCUACGAAUAAACAAAAAUAGAAUAGAAAUUGCGAAAAAUCGAAAAACAUGGAUUAAUUGGCGAUGAAACUAUACUGAGCGAAGAAUAGAGAUGUGAUUGUCAUUACGAUGCAACGAGUAAAAUGGGAUUGAAACUUUCUCAAUUUUGUUUAUAUAAGUAAAAUAAAAUAUACAUUUUUUAUACACGUGUUUUUACAAACUUUUCUUUUGAAUCGCAUAUCUUCGUUGACUAUCGGACAAUUUUUUUUUCUUCUUUGUCAUUGACGAAUUUUCGAUGGCGCAUGCAAUUUCUCUUUGACAAGAAAUGAACAAAGAUCUACGCAUAAAAAAAAUUGUAUUUUACAAGCGAAAAAAA